CUGGAGCCCGCCGAGCCCGUCUUGGUUAGGAGGAGGACGAUGCUCUGCGUGUCCAGGUGAGCCCGGGCUGGGAUCUCCAGCCCGAGCCAGUGCCAGGUGCCCGCCUUCUCGCCUUUUCACUAGCGCGGGGGCUGGAGCCAGCAACCAGGGGGCGGCGGCGAGGGCGCAGGCAGUGGCGGGGAGCUCUGCUCAGCGCAGCGGCGGUGGCAGAAGCAGGGCUCUGCGCUAAAGGUGGCCGCAGUGAUCUGCCAGGGCUCCGCUCUCCCGAGCCUUCCGCAGCCGCGUGGUGCCGGGAGUGCGCCACAGAGAUCAGAACCCCAGGAGCCCACGUGUGAAGGAUCCUGUGGGCACUGAAAUCCAUCGUACUCAUGCCCAUUUCCUGUAAUGGACAAACUUGAUGCCAAUGUGAGUUCCAACGAGGGUUUCGGGUCCGUGGAGAAGGUCGUGCUGCUAACAUUCCUCUCGGUGGUUAUCCUGAUGGCCAUCCUGGGCAACCUGCUGGUGAUGGUGGCUGUGUGCAGGGAUAGGCAGCUCAGGAAAAUAAAAACCAAUUAUUUCAUUGUGUCUCUUGCCUUUGCCGAUUUGCUGGUUUCGGUGCUGGUGAUGCCCUUUGGUGCCAUUGAGCUGGUCCAAGACAUCUGGAUUUACGGGGAGAUGUUCUGCCUGGUCCGGACCUCUCUGGAUGUCCUGCUCACCACAGCAUCAAUUUUUCACCUGUGCUGCAUUUCGCUGGAUAGGUAUUACGCCAUCUGCUGCCAACCUCUGGUUUACAGAAACAAGAUGACCCCUCUGCGCAUCGCGUUGAUGUUGGGAGGCUGCUGGGUCAUUCCUAUGUUCAUAUCUUUUCUCCCUAUAAUGCAAGGCUGGAACAACAUCGGCAUAGUUGAUGUGAUAGAGAAAAGGAAAUUCAACCACAACUCUAAUUCUACAUGCUGUGUCUUCAUGGUCAACAAGCCCUACGCCGUCACCUGCUCCGUGGUGGCUUUCUACAUUCCAUUUCUCCUCAUGGUGCUGGCCUAUUACCGUAUUUACGUCACUGCUAAGGAGCACGCCAAGCAGAUCCAGAUGUUACAACGGGCAGGAGCCACCUGUGAAAGCAGGCCCCAGCCAACUGACCAGCACAAUACGCAUCGCAUGCGGACCGAGACCAAGGCAGCCAAGACUUUAUGCGUCAUCAUGGGCUGCUUCUGUUUCUGCUGGGCCCCCUUCUUUGUCACCAAUAUUGUGGACCCUUUCAUAGACUAUACUGUUCCCGAGAAGGUGUGGACUGCUUUCCUCUGGCUCGGCUAUAUCAAUUCAGGCUUGAACCCUUUUCUCUAUGCCUUCUUGAAUAAGUCUUUCAGGCGUGCCUUCCUCAUCAUCCUCUGCUGUGAUGAUGAACGCUACAAAAGGCCCUCUAUUCUGGGUCAGACUGUCCCCUGUUCAACCACAACCAUUAAUGGAUCCACACAUGUGCUAAGGUAUACAGUUUUGCACAGCAGGCAACACCAGGAACUGGAGAAAUUGCCCAUACACAAUGACCCAGAGUCCCUGGAAUCGUGCUUCUGAUUGAAGACAUGGCUUGCCAUUUAGCCAUCCAUUCCCAUCCAUGUCUGCAUGAACAGGAUACCCUGGACUCACUCUUGACCCUGGGCAUCACUAGUGGAGCAUGAAGCACAGGGGGCCAUGGCCCAGUGAAGGUACACAGAAGAUGGUGUUGAGUGGAACCUGAAUCCAGCACAUCAAGGAUUUCAGAACUGUGUGGAGACCAGACAUCAUCAGACCCAGUGCCCUACCCAGAGCCCAAGUGGCCCCUCCUAUUGCAUACUGACAUGUGGUCAGUCUCUGCUUGCACCUCUCCAAGCAUAGGAGCUCACCACCUCCUAGUGCAAGCCCUUCUGUGGUAGGAAUGCUCCGAGUGUGCGGAAUCUCCGUCAUUCAUUGGCACACAAGUCGCUUGCUGUUCUAGCUUCUGCUGGGGCAGUGCAGUUGGUCUUCUCUGUCACUAGAACACCUCCAGUUUCUUACUCAUUAUCCAGCUUCUGGACAAGCCUUGGUGGGCUCCACAUGUCUGUCUCGAGGCAAUGAAGUACUGACAUGGAAGAUGUCAGGAGUUUUGGUUUACAACUGUGUACAUCUUUCUUUCUCUCUCUCUCUCUCUUCCUUCCUUCCUUCCUUCCUUCCUUCCUUCCUUCCUUCCUUCCUUCCUUUUUUCAUCCUUUCUUCAUUUUUUUCCUUUCUUCCUUUCCUUUUUUUCUCUCUCUCUUUCCCUCCCUCCCUCCCUUCCUUCCUCUCUUCCUUCCUUUCUCCUUUUUCUUUCUUUCUUAUUCAUAGCACACUACUUGAGGAUAAGCUUUAAAGACUCUGCUUAGGUUUUGCCUUUGGAUCUAUUACCAAGAGAUUUCUAUACAGCUGGUGUGUGUGUGUUUGUGUGUGUGCACACAUGCACACAUAUUCAUGUGUGUGUAAAGUUGCCAUUUUCCCCAUGGCAUAUGAGCUGUUGGGUCAUUUAGAAUGAAUCUCUAUUCAUUUUCCUUCCAGGACAGUGGACUAGAACCCUGUUUGCUAUGGAUGUUGACAAAGAACAGUCUUAUAAUUGAAGAAUUAAGGAAUGUGGUAGGGAGUUAGGAGGAUGGCUUGGUGUUUAAGAGCACUUGUUGCUCUGGCAGAGGACCCAGGUUUGGCUCCCAGAAUCCACAUGGUGGCUCACAAUCAUCUGCAACUCCAGUUCCAGGGGACCAGACAGCUCUUCUGACUGCCACAGGCUCCUGCACACACAUGGUGCACAUACAUAUGCUCACACACACACACACACACACACACAGAGAGAGAGAGAGAGAGAGAGAGAGAGAGAGAGAGAGAGAGAGAGAGAGGUAAAACAAGCUAAAAUAAAAAGGAGGAAAACUGCCUUUUAGGGAUGACCAGGGUCCUGUAAGGAAGAGAUCUGGCCCUAGGCCAUUUUUUGUUUUGUUUUGUUUUGUUUUGUUUUGUUUUGUUUUGUUUUGUUUUGAGCAAAGAACAAACACAUCUUCAUGUAGUGGGAACUGUCAUUGACUCCUGCCUGCCUGCCCAGGAAGCUAGUUCACCUCCAUUUUGAACACAUUUUGCAGAACGUCGUCCUUUGUUCCAAACCCCAAGAUGUUUUCUUCCUCAUGUUAAAGCUGUCAUCACCGUGUUCUUUGUUCUGGAUCAGUUAUUUCUUCAAGACAAAGAGAAGACUUGAGACUCAGAGGAAGGUUUUCCUUCUUUCCUGCUGACAAAGACCAGUUUGCUUUAGUACUGGUGAAACAGAGGAAAUAGAGAAGGUGAACAUGGCUUGGCAUCAUCAUGCUGCCAACUACAAGAUGGGAAUGUGUCAACCACAACUUUUCCUUGCCCUGUUUUAACUCCUCAUUCCUUCUCUAUCUUCUCCUCCCCCCUUCCAUCUCUAUCCCUUAUUAUUCUUCUUUUACUUUGUUGAGACAGGGUUUUUCAUAGCUCACACUGGCCUCAGACUCACUGUGUAGAUGAAAUGAACUCCUGAUCCUCCUACCUCCAUCUCUCUAGUGUUAGGGGCACAGGCUUGAGCCACCCCACCAAGUUCUAUUUGACUUUCUACAUCCUGUGAUGACAGGUCACAAUUCCUUCUUUGUCCUUGUUUAAUCUAUGAAGGAAAAACUCACUGGCCAUCCUUCCAUUCCCCAUCUUCAGAUACAGUGAGAAGGAAUGAUCGUCCCUCACAAAGGAAUGAAGUGACCAACUAUCUAGGUUUAACACUGAAAGUCUCAUAUCCCAAGACACUCCACAGCCCUUGGCAAAUUAAACAUAGUGACCACACUUAUGGGACUCUCCUACACUGAAAAGUAGUAAACUACUUAGAGCCAAAUCCCUGUUUUUCCAUGAAAUAUUUGAAGGGUCUAGGAAUGACAUGACAUGGUGAUAAUCCAAAUGCAAACUCAUGAGACAAGACUGGAUUCAUUCUCUCUGGAGAGCUAGUAACCUGGCAUUAGCUCAAUCCAUGGCUUCCAGGAAUUAAGAUGACACAGUUUGAGUGUGGAAGACUGAGAAGACACAUAGCUCUAUGGGGCUCAAGGAGAUCUAAACUUGCCCUCUUUUCAGGAACAUCCUCUUUCAGGAAGCUCAUUAUGUUUGAUUGUGAGCCAGCUACUCUUGCCAGAUGCACAUUGGCAACCACUGGAUGUUUAAGGAAGUCUGUGUCCAUACCUGGGAUAAAUGGAAUCACUGCAUUUGACUUUGUAGUCCAGGGGAAUACGCAGUUCUGAAGAUCCCCAUCCCAACUUGUUGGGAGCCACACUGAUCCAAUGCUCAGAGGCCCUGAUGAAUAGGGGAAUGCUAGUUCUAGUCCAGAAGCAGACCUGGCAAGGUCCAGCCUAAGGCCUGGACUUCGAAGGAGUUAAGAUUUUGGUUCUUGGAACCCAGUUUUCCCCUCAGAAGGACUGUGGUUAUCAGUCCUAAGGCAGCUGUGUCUGAGGUAUCCUGUGUUCUCUUGCCAACAUUUUCUGAUUCAGCUUUCUACUGACCUUGGUCAUUCUCGUUCUGCAAAUAGUACACAAAAUGCUGUGUUUCUUAAUAAGCUUGCUCAGCUUAAUACAUAGCUUGUGCAAUACCUCCCAACCCCAGCUUUCCUAUCUUUUCAUCUGGCCAUACCACUUAGAACGCUGUCGCUGAAGAAGGUCCGGGUCACCAACCCUCUCCAUUAGCAACUAGGAAUAAAACGUAUAAUGUAUUGGGGUUUUUUUGUUUUUGUUUUUUUUUUUUUUUUUUUUAAUAUCUGAGAUUUCACCUUUUACUCUAACAUUUCUACUUCCUGCUGCCAACUUGCUCUGUCCUGAAGCAAAUAACUGUGUGAGAAAUGGGGUAGGGUAGGACAUUGGGAGUAGGUGAGGGAGAGACUCAGCGAGGGGCCAGAGGGUGGAGAUGACCAAAUGACCAUUAAUACUGUCUUCAAGCAAGAACACAAUGUCUUCUUGGUGCUGUGCUAGCUAGCUAUUUCUCUUUGGUAUUGUGGCUCUCUUAGGUGAGAGACAGAUGGUGCUUUUCUUUUUUUCUAAUACUUCAGUUUGCCUGGGUCAAAAUCUGGUCCUGGGAGAAAAACAAAGGCCAGUACACUUGCCUCUUUUGGUCAAAAGGUUGUCCUCUUUCCACACAGUGUAGAAAACUAAGACUAAGUAUUUGAUUUACAUGUAAACAAUGCAGGGACAGACUUGAAGAUCUCCGUUCAGGCACACUGUUGUGCUGGCCCUGAGCAGAACUUGCUUCAGGCUCUUCUGUUCUACAACACGCAGAUGGUUUCUGAGUCAGCUGGAUCUGUGUGAAUGUUCCAACAUGCCUCACCAAGGGCCACUGUUACAAGUUUUGCUAAGUACAUGCUUUGCCUGUACUGUUAAUUGCGAAACAUCAUCAUUUCACUUACAAAAAUUUAGUUUGGAAGGAAACAUUUUAUCAGACCCAAAAUAGAAAAAUCAGUUUUAUCUACUGUAAAUAGAAAGCAGCCAUAGAUAUAAACUAAUAAAAAUAAAACCACACUAUUAAAUUCGAACCAGAUGCCAAUAUUGGGAAUGUGUCCCUUGCCUCUGCAUGUACCAGAAAGAGGAGGAAGUUUCCCUUCCUCCUCUCUGGGAGUUGGAAGGGUUGAGAAAGAGAAUUUAGAGAAUAAAUUCCAAACUAUAGAAAUUCACUGAUUUAAUAUGUUACAUUCCAUGUUUUUGGAAACAAAGAAGGAAAACAAACUGCAUAAUAUUUUUAUCAGUAUUAUAUUUAAUUCAGAUUGUUUCCUUCUCUGCCUAGUAUUUUAGCUCCUUAUAAACUUAAUGAAUAGUAAUAACAAUAAGAAUAGUAAUAACAAUAAGCAGAACAAUAAGAGAAGUGGACAUCUAAUAUACUUCUUUAUGCUGGGCGUUUGGUUAAGGGUUUUCCAUGGAUUUUCUCAUAAAAACCGUUCCUACAAGUACCAACAUUACUCCCACUUUGAAAAUGAGCCGACCUUAGCCGAGAUACCAUGUGACAUCACUGCCCUGACAAGUAUAGAUGUGGGAUUUAGGUCUACACCUCCUGAUUCUAAAGGUCCAGCAUCUUUUAAACAUUGCCAACGGCUUUCAAUGGUAGGAUGCAUUUGAUCUACAAUGAAGAAUUGGACUGUGCUAGGAGAGAACAGGAGCAAGCUCUUUAUGCACACGGCCUAAGUACUUUUCCUCCCAUAUCAUCUUGGGACCCAGAGCUGUGCCUGUUCUGGUCUGAGCUCUGCCAUUCUCUUUCUCUUCUGUUUUCUCCUCUGGAUGUCCUCUCCACAAUUAAAUGAUGGAGGUACUCUGGUCCACAGCAAAGCAGCAGGAAGGUGCAGUGAUCUUCCAGGCUCUCCAGCACUCAGAGCCUGAGGUUAGUGAAUAGUCAGCAGCAAACUGAGAGGCAAAUGGAUGAACCCUGAACACUGCAGAGCAUUAUCAAGGUGGCCCCGCAAAAGGCAAUUUGAAUUAUCCAUAUUUCUUGGCUGAGUUGAAACUCUAUGUGAACGUAAGCCAAAUUUUCCCAGUGAGUGUAUCCAUUGUCCACUCUGAGCACUUUACAGUUUCUCCACCCAUUCACAAGGUCUCGGAACCUCACAGCAGCUCGAGCUACGGAGCUUGUGGUUCAGUUUUAUAGACAAGACUUUGUCACAGCAAGUGACUUAUCCAAAGACACGUGACAGAAGCCGGAUGGAAAACUCAUUAGGUCCUCCUGUCCUAGUACAGUGCUUUCCUCCUACAUUAAUUAUGGCUUAUAUAAUUGACACAUUUAUGCACUCCAUUCCCACUCUAAAAAGUCUCUAUGACACAGAUACAGUAAAUACUCACUCUCACCUCAGUCCCAUUCCAUUCCCAAGGUGGGGCAAGGGGUGGGGAGGUGGGGGUUGGGAAAGCUUUGUUAAUCACUUGGCCUAUGUAAUUCAGUAAUCUGUGGUUUUGUUUGCUGUUAUAUAUGAAUAAGGAUGCUGUACGUAAUCUGCUAUUUGCCCUUCAAUAGUAAACCCCUUACAUCAUUUCACAUCAACCCUUGAGUGCUUCAUGCUGUAAGCCUUGCAAAGUGGGUGAUUCCACAGCUAACUGCACCCAAUGUCUUCCAUGAGCUCACUUGGCCUGCUUUCCGGAUGAAGUGGCAGCUCAGACAGAGCAGCUGUCCGUUGGCAAGAGCCAGCCCCACAACGAGUCUCACCUGGCUUCCUUCCCCUUCGAGGGACAGACUUGUCUUUGCGAUCAGACUCUGCUUCCCCAAAUCCCUAAGCACCUGCUUUUGACCGAGUUAUCUAUACUGCUAAGCUGGGUGAGCAUGUGUUGAGUUGUGACGAGCUUAGGAGGCAUUUGGUAAUCAACCCCUCAAAGUGCCAGUGUCAAGUGUUGCCUGAUGAGUUCUCCUAGAUCACUGUCCUAGACUAUGGGAAGAUGAGGGGGAAAGCUGUGAAAAUAAACUGACAAAUACACUCUCACAACCAGAAAACCAAACAAACCUUUUAUAAUGAACCUGGGAUUAUACUGGAUGCUCACAUUUGACCCCCACCGCUAUCUGGUGGGGGUGGGUAACUAUUAUCACUUUAUAAAUGAGGAAAGUGAGGCUCCAGCAUAGCUUGUAACUGUCUCCUGCUCACAGCUAUUGUCUAUCUGAACCCAGGACUUCUGGCUCCAUGUCGGGAUUCACUUCAAGAAUCCUACUGUCAGCUGUUUAAAGUACUAAACCCAUAUCCCUGGCAGCAUGGAAUACAUGGCUCCUUCUGAAGCUGACAGAGGUCACCUGUGAAUCAUCUAAAGCCUUUUAAAAACAGGUCAUUGUACCACAAAGCUGGUGACAUAACCGAAUGGAUGGGAAACCAUUUUCCUUCAGGUGUGGGCACACUGGCCUGGGGGCCAACACAUGUAUAAACCUUCAGGAUGGUUUUUACUUUUCAAUACAUUUGAGUAGAAAUUCAAGAGUACUAUUUUGUGAUGUAUUAUGUGAAAUUCGAAGUUCUGUCUAUAAAUAAAGUUUUGUCGUAAUAUAGCCAUGUUUGUGUGCUGUCUGCGGCUUUCACACAUGUAGAGAAUGUCCAUGGCCCAGUGAGCACAAAAUAUUUACUCUUUAGUCCACAGCUUGCUAGCCUUGCUAUAAUGCAACCACUAGCAGCUAUUUGUUCAUAGACAUUUUUCAGUGUCUACGAGAGUGGGUGGCCUCCAGUCUUGUGUUUUCGCCUACCUUUGUCAUCUUUACAAAGGCUCUUAGGGCCCUGCUGUAUUUAAUAAGUUUGUGGUAAACCAAAGUAGUUAAAGAGCAGUGACCUCUUGUGGCUGAUGUAUGCAUUGUUUAGAUGAGUUUCUAGGAAGGGACGAACUAGGGACAGGUUGAGUCUUAACUGAGGAUUGCAGGUUAUUAUUCUGCCUCUAUUUUCUGCUUCUUCCUGAGCAGUUAUAACCCAAACGGUGAGCUAAUUAAAACAAUGAGUUAAAAAACAAUGCACUGAAAAGAUGAACUAUAAUUAAGAUUUUUAAAAAAUCAUGUAUUUCAAGAAUUUCAAAAGUCCUGAAGUAAAGACUUUGGACACAGGCAUUGAUCAUUCAAGAGUUCAGUGUUAGGGAACUCACAGGCACUCUUGCUCUUCUGUCAUUAGCAAGUAAAUAAAGUUGAGAUCAGAAACUCAGAUUUCUGUCCUACCCAGCAAAAACCAGGUCCUGACCACAACUGACUGAAUCAUUUUUUUCUUGGUCUCAAGUUAAUCCCUGGAAACAGAAGCUAUACAAAUCCCAAAAGACAUGACACUUUCUACAGAUAUUCACAUACGCACACACACACACUUCUUUUGUCUUCAGCCUUUAGCUUCUGGAGCCUGUUAAGGUCACUUAUUUGCCAAAUGGCAAAGCCAGCACUGGGGUGCUGGUGAUGCAUUAAAAAGAGUGACUGGCACCAUCACUGCUUCCGGGAGCAGCUUCUGGCCAUCAGAGGAAGGCAGCUCCUCUGAAGUAGUUUGUGAUUUAUUUUCUCAGCAUUCUGUGCAGGUCUGAGUGUGCUGAGCAUCUUACAGCCACUUUUACAAUGGAUCAGAAAGUGGAUACUAGCAUUGUUAGCUGUAACUACACACUGCUCUUCUUGAGAUUUUUUAAAAAAAGUUAUUACAAUAUAUUCAGUCUGUAUCCCAGCUGUAGCCCUCUCCCUUAUCCCCUCCCAACCCCUCCCUCCCUAUUCUCCUCCCAUGCCCCUCCCCUACUCCAUGGACACCAGGUGGUCCUCCUCCCCUUCCAUCUGACCCUAGCCUAUCAGGACUGUCUGCACAGUCUUCCCCUGUGUCCUGGUAAGGCUGCCCCAUCCCGGGGGAGUGGAGGGGGAUGAUCAAAGAGCAGGCCACUCAGUUCAUGUCAGAAAGAGCCCCUGUUCCCCUUUCUAGGGUACCCACUUGGAGAC